AUUCUGGGUAAUGUAGUCUGCCGGGUGACUCCAUCGCGUCGACUUCCGUGAUACAUAAGAUAGUGACGUUAACGGUUUUCUCCUACACGGAAUUGAUCUGUAAAGAAGAACCGCUGUGGGGUAGAUGUUGGAAUAGACCCAAAGCCGGAACAAAGGAAGAAGCGACACAUCACCGCCAUAACCAGCAGCCUGCUUUUAAUUUGGGAGAAUUAAUAAAAGUAAAUCUUAUUUAUAUAUUUAUAUAAAAAAACGCCAUGUCUGUAAACCAGGAGAAGAGCGAAGCCGUGAGCGGAGACUGCGCAUGCGCACUGGGCAGCGACAUCCCUGACGCUAAAGGAACAGUGGCUGGAGCUGCAGGAGGAGCAGGAGGAGAGCCGAUGCAGGUGGACGCUAAAGGCCAUGCCCGCACCUACAGAUACAGCCUGGACUACCCCUGUAUAGGCCAUUGCAUCAUCAUCAACAACAAGAACUUCCACCACAACACGGGAAUGAACCAGCGAAACGGUACGGACGUCGACGCCGGAAACGCCAUGAAGACCUUCGGAAAGCUGGGCUACAAAGUGAAGGUGUUCAAUGACCAGACUGUGGACCAGAUCCAGAAACAAUUACAGACAGUUGCCAGCGGUGACCACAGUCGCUGUGCCUCGUUCGUGUGUGUGCUGCUGAGUCACGGAGACGAGGGCGUGUUCUUCGGGACGGACCGCUCGGUGGAGCUGAAGACCUUAACGAGUCUGUUCAGAGGAGACCGCUGUGUAUCUCUAGCAGGCAAACCCAAACUCUUCUUUAUCCAGGCGUGUCGUGGCACAGACCUGGACUCCGGUGUGGAGACGGACAGCGACUCAGAUAAUUCCAUGAAAAUCCCGGUGGAGGCUGAUUUUCUUUACGCAUAUUCUACAGCACCAGGUUACUACUCGUGGAGGAACACGAUGACCGGCUCGUGGUUCAUGCAGUCCCUGUGCGAGAUGCUGAGCAAACACGGCCGAGAACUGGAGCUCAUGCACAUCUUAACCCGCGUCAACCACAAGGUGGCGCUGGACUUCGAGUCCGCUUCCACCAUGCCUGGCUUCCACGCCAAGAAACAGAUUCCCUGCAUUGUGUCUCUGCUCACCAAGGAGAUGUACUUCACCCCCUGAACACAUCACACACCUGUCAUGUGUAGAGUAAUGAGUAGAGCACAUUCAGAAACGGGUUUUUGUUUAUGGGGGUUUGGGGUUGGUGAUACGGCGGAAUUGUGGUUUCAUUUGCUUCUUGGUUUUAUUUUAGAUUAAGUACAAUUGGCAGUGAACAUUAAGGUGAUAUUUAAUGCGUAAGUUUAAUCUGAAAUAAAACCAAUAAGUAAAUAAAACUGCAAUAUAUAUAAAUAUACACAUUCACUCACAAUGUGCACUUGGGAAAAGGUUUUUUGUUCUUUUUUUUUUUUUUUUUUUAAUUAGUUGAGGGAUUGUAAAGUAUAUAUCAAACUUUUUUAUGGUGCUAGAUAUCUAAAUCCCCACACCUUCACAGUAGGUCAGUGUCAUAUAGGUACGAAGCUUCAUAUAGACUGAUUACUUCAUUUAUCAUUACUUGAAUAUUUAAAGCACAGGUCAAUAUUCCACCUCACACCCUCACCACUAGAGGGCAGAGUUUUGAGAUAAGGGAACGAGUUAAUAGGUACGAAGUGUAGUUAUAGACAUCGUAAAGAAACUACUGGGGUUUUUUUAACAUUAGGAUUUUGUAUACACGUGUUUUGUGGUGUCACGCUUUUCAGAACAGCCGGUUUUCGUCACGUCUUAAAAAAAAAACUGACUCAACCAUCCACAAGAUUAAUUAUAUUAUACCACUGUACAUCACCUGUGUGUCUUUAAAGACCUGCGUCAGCUGUUACAAGUCGUCAGGAUGCUUCAGACCGAUAACGACAGAAUAUCUGUUGGGUAGAAGAUCAAACGUUAGGGCAACAACAAUAAGGGCAAUUGAGUGAAAAUGAGAUCAAACUACCCGAAAUAUCGACUUUUUCCUCAGAUGUUUGUGUAGAUUGGUUUAAAAAAAAGGUGACUACAUGUGUCUGUCUAUCUGCACUAUAUAUGCUGAAUGCAGUUGAGAAGGUUCUGGGACUGAAAUAUCCUGAGGAACAUCACAUUAUGACUUCACUAACAUGACUAUAAAUGUAGUUUUAAAAUGCUGUAGUAGAUAUUUCUGAGGUUCAUCAAAUUUCUGUUGUAGGUCUCCAGGUUUCUCUCGUCAACACUGAAAAACCUUUUGCAGAAAUCCGUUUCUUUAAGACCUCAACUGAGGAUUUCUGCAACACUUGAUAGAGCGAGAAAACCUGCACAUCAUUCAGAGCUGAAUUCAAGUCCAUCAUGUAGCAUUUAUGUUGUUUUUUUCUUUUUCUUUUUCAUGUCGAUACAAAGAAAGUUUCAUAUACGUAUAUGUUCUUAUUUAUUUGUAAGACGCUGAACAUCUGCAGCUCAAUUCACCAUGAGUUUCAACAGCUACCAGUUCCCUGGUUAAUACCAGGGUUAAAAACAAAACAAUUCAGGGAAAUAUGGCAGCUGUGUGGUGAUGAACUUCUCAUGGGAUCCAGAUAUUGGUGUAAUAAUUAAGUUUUUGACUGUAGGAAAGGAAAUUUUCCAUUCAACUGAUAUUUCAUGCAUUUUUAUAUUCAGGAUUUGUCUUUAUAUCAAGGUGCCGUGUGUCUGUGUUUCUAUAAUCCGUUGCAUUCCAUGAUGAACUGUAGACCCUGAGCUAAUCAACCACAUGGAUUUAAUCAGGAACGUGGCAUUAGAACAAUCCAGAUCUCAAGUGUCCCUUUAUUCAGCCAGAAGUGUCUUUGCAUGGACAGACUAUCAGACUGGGAGGUUUUGAGAUUCAAUGGUAAAAUUAUUGUAUUUAUAAUAGUAGCACCUGUUUGCUUUCACUUUCUGGGAAUGUUUUUGCAUUUUUCCCUUGAAUGGAAAUUGUGUAUGGAAAAAAUAAAUAAAUGGCAUUUCA